AUGCAGACCUCUACCUGGACCCAAAGUGGACCGGAUCGAUCCGUCGCUGGACAAUCCUCAAGUCCCCAAGUUACCAGUGGUCAGAUGAGUGGGAAUCCGAGCACCUAUUCUCAUCAAUAUGGGCCAGUCAGACCAGUUGUCCUGUAUACACAAGGUGGUCAAUGCCUACCACACAGUGGACAAGUAACCGGUGGAGGUUACUGGAGUGGACAGACCCUGGAUCAACAGGCAUCAAUGGUUUACAUAAACUCAUCUCAGCAUUCACCCACAAAAGAGCAGGUUCUAAUGGGUACCAGUCCCCUUUUGACAUCACUCUUGAUUAACAAUGCGGCUGCACAAUCAACUGGUGUUACAUCACAAAGUGGAAACCAUCACACCUUGCCCGGAAGGUUUAACAGUGCAGCUCAACCCACUUUCCAACAGGGACAGGGGUAUUUGGGUGUUAAUAAUAACAAUCCACAGAGGCUUGUAACUGAUGGUCAGGGUGCAACCAUUCACUGCCCCUCUGAUAUUAAUGCACCACUGAAUACAAAUGUUAUGUCUCAUCAAAGCCCAGCAAGUGGCAGUCAGCAGCUGGUACUUGGCAGACAAGAGGGGGCCUCCAGUGGUACCUCUGCUGCUCUUGCAAUGGGUAGGAGCCCCAACCAUUUAAAUCAUCAAUGGACUAUAGUGAGUGGGCAGGAUUCAAGAAGGAUAGCAGUUAAAGCUCCUCAACAGGGGUACCCACAAACACCAAACUCUUUGCAAAGUGCACAGGAGACAACAUAUAACCAACUGUUGUAUGUACUUCAAAAUCAGAAAAAUUACAGCAGGACUAAGAUGAACAGGGUUCAACAUGGAGCACCUGUCCACACUGGCUCAUCAAACCACAGUCAAAUGUAUCCCUCUCAACCUCUCACGGGCCGCAACAACCAGGUCAAUGUACCAAAUGCUGCAGUGGGGCAGUCAAUGCCAAUGCAUAACAUUAGCCAGAAUCCUCAGUACAAUGUUAUGCAUAACCCUCCUUUUAAUAAUUCUCCAAGACAUGUCUCCAUCUGCCCUGAAAGCAUUCCCAUCACACCACAACAGAACAGACUCCCAUCUUAUUGUGCAAAUAUUAACAGUCAUUCGGGGGCCAUUGGAAAUAAUGCACACCAUGCCACAUAUCCUAGGCCCCAUAUCCAAGGCACAGGCCCUACCCUAUAUUACAAGCCAGACUGCACCAAUGUUCUGGUAUCCAACACUGGACCAUCUUCAUCUGUGCCAAAUGAUAGUAUACAGUCCUCAGUCCAGCACAACCGUGAGUCCGCGCCUCCACCAUACCCAGGCCAGCACUCCCAUGGACCCGUACUGAACAAGCCAGAACAUGUGGUUGGGGCAGGAGCGCAUUUCCUGCAACACGUGCCAAACCAAGGCUCAGCCCCUACCCUACAUUACAAGCCAAAAAACACCUGUGUUCUGAUAUCCAACACUGGACCAUCUUCAUCUGUGCCAAAUCAUGGUAUGCAGUUUUCAGGCCAGCAAAACUGUGAGUGUGUGCCUCCGUCAUACCCCAUAAGACAGGGCUAUUACGUAACAGUAACAGAGGACAAAAGUGGAAAUGGAUUUAGAGCAGAAAAUUGUAUUUUGAUUGGAGAUAAACCUAAUGAAAGUGCUCUGGUCCUGCAAGGAUCAUCUGCAAGUAAUGCCCCCUCUGUUCUUACGGUGCAGAAGGCCAUCGCAGUUGUACAACCACUAUCGCAGUGUAUGCAGACAAACACACCUCUAAACGUGGCUGGCUUGACCACCCAAUGUAUGUCUUUCUCAACAGGUGUCGAAAAUGUGAGCAACCCUGUGGAAGAAUCUUGUGACCAAAGUCCAUUACAAGCCCAAACAACCCUUACUUUAUCUGCUUCUUUGACAAAUGAAUCUGGACAAGAGGUCCCCAAGAUCAGACCAGAAUCAGGGGCUGAAAAAACACUGACUCAGGGUUCAGAAACAUCUGAUGUUGAAAUGGCCAAGACAUAUUCAUGUUUCAAGUCUGAACGGUCACUAUCAAACUGGUUACGUGCAGAGAAAGUGGAUUCUCAACCAUUAUCUAAUUUGGAAUGUCAAGCCACUCAGAGAAAAGAGUUAGCUGACACAGAAAUUACCACUCAUGUGCAUGUUAACCAAUUGAGUGAGGAAACAAAUGAAAAAGUAGUUUCAGAUGAGGACAUUUUUGAAUUGUCCUCAGUUCCUGUAAUCAAAUGGACACUUGGUAAAUUGAAGGAGUUGGUAGACACUGUGCAACAUCCAAAAUGCUCUGAGACACCGGUUGAAAGCAAACUACUAAACCUCUAUUGGGAUGGAGAUGGGCAGAAGCUUAUGUAUGCUGCAAGAUCUGAUAUUUUACAGAAUAUAAUGCGAGAGGUUCGAUCUGUGUGUGGCAAAGAUAUGGCAUCACAGUCUGUCAUAUUUUCACAAGUCAGGCGCAAAAACUGGGGUCAAGUUGAAGAGAAAUGUGCCAUUCUUAAACAUGAUUCUGUUCACCCCGAAUUCCCGGCGCAAGAGUCAUCAUGGUUGAACACCAAUAAGCAGCUUGAUGACAUAGACAAGGAGUUUGGAUUCCCAUGGUCACUAAGAUAUUACCAAAAGACUCUUCAAAGAGGUGAUGAACAACCAAAACUGAUUUGUACCGAAAAUGAGAAAUAUGCAGACUCUGCAAGUGACAUGCAGACUGAGGUGACUCAGACGAAGAGGUCAACACCCUCUGAAUCUGAAGUAAUUCAAGGCUCAGGUUUGGCACAUAGCUCCACCCAGACUCUCUCAGUGGUUAAGAGGGAAAGUGCAGAUAUCAUUUUUAGUGACCCAUUUUCCUCCCUAGAGAUCAACGUGCUGCCACCAGAAGAGGCUUUGCAGUUUUUCAGUGGCCAGCUACUACAAGACGAAGUGAAAGACCUGUUGGAAUUGACAAUAGAAAUGGACGCGGAGCUGAUUGAGUUGAAAGAUCACUCAGUGGAGGAUAAAUCAUCUGAGAGAGUAGAUGUGAAUUUGAAUGUAAAACUCGAAAACAAAGGCAAUGUCCAAUCAGAUGAUUACUGUUGCCUCUCACGUUGGAAGGCAGUGUUCAGUGGGUCCACCAAUUCUUCAUCCUGCAAAUGCCAGUACAAGACUGAAUUGGGUUCGGCAAAGGCCACUGUGAAAGCGAAGGCGUUGGUUGAGGAAACAUUGUCUGUUGAACCGAGCACAACAAAUGCAGGACAAAGGGAAAGCCUGCAUUUGUGUAAAUCAAAUGGCACAGCAGAAGGAAAGAGGGAAGGGAAUCCUGGUAAAAAUGGGAAUCCCCAAUCAUGGAAAUCUACAGGCAUUGAAUGCCAAACUAUUGUCUUGUGUGAUAGCGAAUCUGAGACUGCUCGCCCAUACAGAAAUGGGGUGAAGAGCUUGCCUUUGUCAAAAGCCCCAGCACUGCAGCUCCCCAUCAACCACACAAACAUUCUUGAAGUUAAAAUUGAAGAUGUCUUCUCGAGCUAUGAAGACUUUCUUAAAGUGUCCACCCCAAUGUCCGAGCUAGUGUUGGACAAUGUACAGCCAAAGCAGAAACAUUUGGAAUGUGUACAAGAACUUGGUGUCAUUUUGGAAGAAGGAAACCCUAGAUCUAGUGAAGUUGUUCCUAUAGUUUCCAUUCCUACUUCUAAUCUGCAACCCCAACCAACAGACAAAAUCUGUUUCCUUACAUCACUCUCCUUGGCACAAAGAUGUCACAAGCAUCUAUCUUCUAAAAGAAAUCAUAGCUGCAAGGUUAAACAAAAAGGGGUUGGACACAAGAGAUGUGUUGAAGGUCCUCAUUCAAAAUUAUCUGUCCCAAGAAAGCGAAGGAAAAUGAGAGAUGGAUUGGGUCCCUUCUUUCAACUCGUUCCUGAGGUCAACUUGACUAACAGCGAUGACUAUUUAGAGCCCCCCAAUACAAGUACUUCUAAAUCUUUGGAAGAAGAGAAACCUUUAAAAGGUAGCAAUCUCCUGAAGCCAACAGAACCUGGAAUUGGGACUAAGAUGUCGAGGGUCAGCAUAGUAACUCUGGCCUUGUUUGGUUCCUCGCACCAGAGGACAAAUGGGACUGUAGCAACUGGCCAACGCAAGGACCAUAAUUCUUCUCGACCCAGACCUUUUGCAGACAAAGCUCCAGCACCUCCUAUAACCCUCAGUGUGAAUGUAAACUCCGAGACCAGCCCUCCAGUGGAAAGCCCAGUCAGACAACGGAUCUUCAACGAGUGGGAGAACAGUUUUGUGCCGACAAAGAAGACAAAGUCCAGAGGCAGAGCAUCAAGACUACGAAACCGAAGAGGCUUUGCUCCAAAGAUUGUUUGUGCUGAAGUUGUCAAAAAUACUGUUGCCUCCACCAACACAGAUGGUAGUGCAUUAUCCUCUGAAAGACGAGCCACACCAGAAAGAUCUAUAAAGGCCAAGCAGACUUUGCGGCACAUUGAAAGAGAGAGAAUCUUAAACAGCCUGAAACUCAGACUGAAGAAAUCAAGGAUUGAGGCAGUGCCAUCCAGUAUCCCUGAUAUAGUGGGAAAAAGUAAAUAUGAGAUCGGGAACCCUGCUCCUUUGCAUCAUGAGGAGAACAGUCUUCUUAUGUUUAGUGUGCUGCCUGAGUCGUUCAAGUUCAAAGAACCCAUGGACCCUCCGACACAGACAGGUUCAAUGAAGGGUAAGUAAUACCAACACAGAUAUGCUUGGUCUUACUCCUGUAGCUCAGUUUGUAGUGCAUGACGCUUGCAACGCUAGGGUUGUGGGUUCGAUUCCCAUGGGGAGGCCAGUAUGAAAAAUGUAUGCACUCACUAACUGUAAGUCGCUCUGGAUAAGAGCGUCUGCUAAAUGACUAAAAUGUUAAGGUUACCUGUAAUUAGACAUUUAUUCCUGCUCUUUUCACAUUGAAACACUUCCAUCAGAAAUGGCUGGUCUGGUUGCUGCGACGGCUGAGAGUCCUAAGACAAUAGUCCAAAAAUACCAAGGUAAUAAAGCAUGCUAUCUAUUCAACCAUGUGUUGAAAAUGUAUGUAUUGUGGCCACUUCCUACAUUGCGUUUUCCAUAUCUUUGUAAGGAAAGUGUUUCUUGUAUCUAUGCAGUUUGUUCCCUUUCUCCAUUUAUUCCUUUGUGUUAAUAAGGAGGACGUAGGUUUUUGUUUUAUUUGUUGUAACAAAUGAACUAUUACACUCUCUGUAGGUGUAUGGUCUGUUGGCCUUCAGAAGAGAGAUUGUCCUCUUACGUCUUCGACCACUAAAGUCCCCAGGUCUUCCUCCACCGCCUUCCAGGAGUUUCAGAAGAAAUUCAAUCAGAAGAAGUAG